CCGUCAUAACGGCCAGCCUCUGCGGUGGAAGUAGUCUCGCCACCUUCGUCAUUGCCGCAGGCUCGGUGCAGUGAACCAUAACCAUACUGUACCAGAUAGCAUGAGUGACAGUUCCACACUGGAGAAAAGGAGAUGCGAUGACUUGGGAGCAUUCGUCUGCGGCUGGGGAGCCGCCUUCGUCAACAUCAUCGUCACUUUUCCCAUGACCAAGUUGAUGUUCCGGCAGAUGCUGCACGGUGUGCCCACGAAAGGAGCUCUGGACCAACUUCGUCACGAAGGACUUUCCACUCUGUACCGGGGAUGUCUUCCUCCACUUUUCCAGAAGACCAUAUCCGUGUCCAUCAUGUUCGGCACCUUCCACAGCUUCAGUAACUCCAUACGCGAAAACUUUCCGGGAGCUAGCAAGGUGAGCGUUACUUUCUUCGCCGGCAUGAUGGCUGGAAGCACAGAAGCUCUGCUCGCACCUCUGGAAAGGGUGCAGGCGUUGCUACAAGACAGACAGCACCAUCAUAGGUUCAAGAAUACUGCAGCCGUGGUGACGUUUCUGAGGCCGUACGGAUUGCGGGAAUACUACCGUGGACUAGUGCCCAUACUACUGCGAAAUGGACCAUCGACAUUCCUUUUCUUCACGUUGCGGGACCAAGUCAAAGGCGUACUACCGCUGAACCAUUCGGAGCUCUGGCAAGCGAUCGUCAGCGACUUUGUCAGCGGAGCUGUGGUGGGCGCUCUGGUGAGCACCAUGGCGUAUCCACUCAACGUGGUCAAGACGAUAAUGCAGGUCCAGUACGGACCUCCACGGCCGUCCUUUUGGAGUGUCCUGAAGAAAACGCGGGCGGAGCGCAAGACGUUGAGGAAGAUGCUAUACGGUGUUCAUAUUAACUAUACGCGCGCUCUGAUGUCCUGGGGAAUAAUUAAUGCGUGCUACGAACUUUUUACUGCGGAAUAUGGGAAACAUUUUGGAGCGGAGCGAGAUUUGAAAUAAAGGUGCAAGUAAAAAAAUAAUAUAUAUAUAAACAA